CAUGAUCAUUUUUGCCUGCUGCUGCCUUCGCAUAAAAUUGUAAUCUACAACGAAAAUCUGACUACCAAGAUGAUUCGGUCUGAAAGUGGCACCGACCUAUUGCUGCAUUCGUCGCUGUCCGUUCCUUUCCACAUAAUUGACUUUGAAGUAAAUGGCAUCGGUGGUGGAUUUGUUGUUGUCAAUCAUUAUGGGGAUUAUGGGCUGUCUGCCGCUCGAAUCGACAUCGGAGUCUUAGGAGACGACUGGAGAGACAUUGACUCGGCGUUGCUUUAUUUGCACAGCACUGCUAGCUUGACCAGUACAAAGUGUACCACCACAGGACUCAAUUUGGGCGGAGCGGGAGUCCUCCUUUACUUUUGUUCCAGAAAUCAAUUUACUGAUUCGAAUCGCAAAACGUUGUUGGCUGCUCUGGUCGAGGAGCUCAAGGGAUUCACAAAAAGCAAUAUAUUGUGCCUUCCUAGAAACCUUUCAAACGAGGACCUGACCCACAUGUACAAGAAAAAUGAAAUAGUAACCAUGCGGCACGAUAACGAAGGCAUCGAUAAUGCAUUUGUACCCUUGGCCAAAACAAAAAGGAAGGGUUCCUUUGCUAUUGCAACGGAAUCUUUCGACUACCCCAUUCCGAAGGCAUUGAUUACUCAAGAAGAAAAUCUAGUCGCCAAAAGUGCCGCUUAUUCGAGUUUUGGAUCCAUUCUUACCCUUAUGAAAGCAAAAGAAUGGACAAGCGCCCGCAUCGUUCUACUCGGCGUGACACACUUGGCACUCGAACUUUACCAAUUACUGAAAAGAGAAACCGAUACAGUUUUUCUUAGUAAUCCGCAUCCAUCGAAGGAGGAUCUUCAAUCAAAAAUCCCUUCGGAUGCCUUUAUUUCUUGGGACGAGGCUCAUAAAUCCAAAGAAGAGUGGGAUAUUAUGGUAUUUUGUUCACAGAGUUGUCCGUCUCUCGAUGAAUCGGUAAUAUCGUCCAUUCGAACAAAAGCUGUGAUUUCCGUGUCGGAUGAUCUAUUGCCCAUGGAUGAAAAACGACGCGAGGAAGUUCUCUUGACACUCGUAAAGAGAGAUAUCUUUGAGGCCGCAGAUGGCAUCAGUGACUUGGGAGAAAUCGCCAAGGUAUUUAGUUUGGCUGGUGGUACGACUUUCUCGUUCAACGAUGCAUUUGGAAUGGGUUGCCGAGUAAUGGAAAAGAAACUGCACCUGCACGGAAUUGUUCACAGCGAAGAUGUCACAGCAAAGCGGAAAUUCCACGAUCUAAUGCUUCACGCACUUGAGAAGGACGAGAAUGCCAGGUUGUUUGGCUUAGGUACCGUCAUGCAUCAGUCGUCGGACCGGAUGACAGCGUGGCUCUGGAGCCGUGCCCGCAGCAUGUGCCCAUCCUAUCGCGCAAUGUCAUCAAAGAGUGCGACCGUGAAACCAGAGAAAGUUAGCUAUUUGGAUAUGGGUUCUGGCAAUGGUGCCGCUGCUCGUUGGAUAUGCAAGCAAGGCAAGAAAAUACACAUCACGUGCAUUGAUGUGUGUGCCAAACAAAGCUAUGAAAACAGAAACAUUUCUGACGAGGAAGGCCUCGGAAGUCAAAUCGAUGUGGUUCAAGGUUCAUACGAACGACUUAACUCAGAUUACAGCAAUUUCUUCGAUGGUUGCAUGUCGCAAGAUGCUUUCAUUCAUGCAUUUACCAAGCGAAGCGCCUUUUUGGAAGCUUUCCGUGUAACAAAAGGAGGAGGCUGGCUUUUGAUCUCCGACUUGAUGCGUGGGGACGGAAAAGAUGGAAACGAAGAAAUGGAGGCAUUUGUGAAGGAUCACAACAUCACCAGCUGGGCUACUCCAAACGAAUGUGUGCAAUUGGCCACGGAGGCUGGUUGGUCAGAAGUAAGAUUUAUUGAUUGCACGACCGAAAUCAAUGUUUCUUUGCAUGGGCUCCUAAAGAAAAUCAAAUCGAUGAUAAAAUCAGGAGAAUAUGAAGGAAGAAAUUUACAACUUUUGAAGACACACCGUGUACGUCUGAGCAACCGAAUAGGACAAGCCGACCGCGGUAUUUUCAAAUGGGGCAUCAUUUCGGGAAGAAAACCAUACGAUGUCGUAUUUAUGAGCGAGCCACCUGUGUCACCAGAGUCUAGAAGCAUGAUAAACUACAGCGUGAAUU